GAAUUCGAAAGCAGUGGGGAAGUGAUGCUGGACCUAUCACAGCAUUGCUAACAGACAGCCUAUUACAGUAUUUAAUAAAAAACAGAAACAGCAUGCCUAUCAUAGGCUAAUAAAUCCUACCUCCUGCACGCUUUAAAAACAGUAAGAAGCAGCUUUAACGGAGCUUCAGAUAACUAAUUUCAAGCAUGGCUGUCUAGCGAGCCUGUCACUCCUAUUGUCCUUCCAAACUCUUUCAGACAUUUUGAGCAGGAAGUAUUAAAGCUAUGAGUUAGCAAGGGUUGUGACAUUAAUGGUCCAGAAAGGCUUUAGGCACAAGAGGUAAUGAUGAUUACUGGUGGCUAUUUGGAGGACUGCACUGGAUCGCUGUCAUUAAAAAUUAAGCGUGGCUUUUGAGGAAGAUGUGACAACUACCAGAGGUCUUUUCACCGUUCUUCCAGGACUUCCACCAUAAGGAAAGGAGCCCCUGGACCAACAUCGUCUAAGAUGUUUAUAUGGACCAGUGGCCGGACCUCUUCCUCUUACAGACAUGAUGAGAAAAGAAACAUUUACCAAAAAAUCAGGGACCAUGACCUCCUGGACAAAAGGAAAACUGUCACAGCACUGAAAGCAGGAGAGGACCGGGCCAUUCUCCUGGGACUGGCCAUGAUGGUGUGCUCCAUCAUGAUGUACUUUCUGCUGGGAAUCACACUCCUGCGCUCAUACAUGCAGAGUGUGUGGACCGAGGAGGCUCAGUGCACCUUGCUGAAUGCAUCCAUCACGGAAACAUUUAACUGCUCCUUCAGCUGUGGUCCGGACUGCUGGAAACUCUCUCAGUACCCCUGUCUCCAGGUGUACGUUAACCUGACUACUUCUGGAGAGAAGCUCCUUCUCUACCACACGGAAGAGACAAUGAAAAUCAAUCAUGAGUGCUCCUAUAUACCUAAGUGUGGAAAAAAUUUUGAAGAAUCCAUGUCCCUGGUGAAUGUUGUCAUGGAAAACUUCAGGAAGUACCAACACUUCUCCUGCUAUUCUGACCCGGAAGGAAACCAGAAGAGUGUCAUACUAACCAAACUCUACAGUUCCAACGUGCUGUUCCAUUCACUCUUUUGGCCAACGUGUAUGAUGGCUGGGGGAGUGGCUAUCGUUGCCAUGGUGAAACUCACACAGUACCUCUCCCUGCUCUGUGAGAGGAUUCAACAGAUCAAUAGAUAAAAGCAAAGUGGAUGAGAUCAUUUUCUUUAAAGCUCAAAUACUUUUUUCUUUCAUUCUUCACCAAAGAACCUUAAGUUUGUAAUGUGCAGUCUGUUAUGAGUUCCUUAAUAUAUUCUUAUACGUAGAGCAAUAAUGUAAAAGCUGUUCUAUAUGCAAACAUGAUGUCUUUAUUAUUCAGGAGAAGAAAUAACUGUUUUUUGUUGGUUGGGUUUUUUUCAUUAUCUUGGUUCAAUGCUGGAACUAGUACUUCCUUCUCUCCUUCCACCAAAAUCAGGCUCAGUUAUUCAUUUGCCAAGCUUCGUGGAGGUAUAUAGACAUAUCAGUGUGAUAAGGUCUGUGCUCAGAGUGGUCAGAUUUCUUGAAGAUAUUUCUGCAAUAUUUUUCAUCAUUCAUUGUUUACUAAAGCUGCAGCCAAAAAUAUUUCUUUUCCUUACUCUAUACUGAGCCCUGUAGCAAGUGAAGGUACCAGAUUUCCUUUAGGACUUUAGGCAUUUUCCUUGUAUUUCUACCAUAUCACUGUAAAGAAGGGGGGAAACCCAGCCAGCUAUUUUUCUUUUAUUACUUUAUACUCAUAACUUUAGAUUUUUUAACUGAUUUCCAAAAAAUAAGGUGUUUUCCUUAACCAAUUCUAUAAUCUCUUCCUGUGCUUUAAAUAGAAAGUGAACAGAGCCCUUUUCCAUGUAAGACCCUGCUAUUAUGUGAGGAAAUAACAUUUACAAGGAGUUUCAUUACCUGUGAACUGACAAUGUUGAAUAGAUGCUCCAUUACAACCUGGGAAAGUCUAUGUUACUAAGAUAUUUGUGUUAAAAUCUUUAUUCCAUUUCAAUUGAACUGUUAGAUGGUAAAAUUAAGAUCCUACUUGCUGGUCAAGACUGGUGGACUGAUUUCAAUGGGUAAAUCUAUUGUGGCAAAUUAACAUAUUGGAAUAUUGCUUUGGGGAAUGUAUGUUUAAAUUAAUGAGUAUGUAGUCUCUCUUUCUGACAAGUAUUCCCUGAUGGGAUUUUAAAGCUAUAUGCACAGAAUAUUUGUCUCCUCUACAUGUUUUACUUUUCUAUUUACAGUUCCCUUUUUUGUUGUUAGAUUUUAUACACACUUUUUUUUCCUGACACACACUUGAACUGAAUAACAGAUUUAAAGGAAGCCUUUGUUCACAUUGACAUUCACUUCUUGUGUUUGGGGGUCAGGGGUGGGGGUGGGGGAAUGAGGAAUUGGUUUUAAACAAAAACAUUCCGUCUUUUAUUUAAUAUCAAUAUCAGAAGAAGAAGACAAACAUCUAUCUUUCUCAUCUAUUUAAGUACCUUUUUCUAAUACAGUAUCAAGUUAUUGCAGAAUUUUACAAAUCAUAUUUGUGGAAUGAAUGGUGAAAUUAAUGUGAUGAAGUAGAAAGUAUUCUGCAAUAUUGUAAUACAUAGUUUGACUUUUCAUAAACAAAUAAAUCCAUAGGGUACAAUCAGGACUUCAAAUGUGUAAUUAAAACUUAAAAAAAAAUC